CACCAAUGACGGAGCGCGUUGUUGGGGUGGCAGGGGGUGCGGGCCGGCGCUGAGGGGCCAAGAUGGUUCUGGAGAGCACCAUGGUCUGCGUGGACAACAGCGAGUACAUGAGGAACGGGGAUUUCCUCCCCACGCGGCUCCAGGCCCAGCAGGACGCCGUGAACAUCGUGUGCCACUCCAAGACCAGGAGCAACCCCGAGAACAACGUGGGGCUCAUCACCCUGGCCAAUAACUGCGAGGUGCUGACCACCCUCACCCCGGACACGGGGCGGAUCCUGUCCAAGCUCCACACGGUGCAGCCCAAAGGGAAGAUCACCUUCUGCACCGGCAUCAGAGUGGCCCACCUGGCCCUGAAGCACCGGCAGGGCAAGAACCACAAGAUGAGGAUCAUUGCCUUCGUGGGGAGCCCCGUGGAGGACAACGAGAAGGAUUUGGUGAAGCUGGCAAAGCGCCUCAAGAAGGAGAAAGUCAACGUGGACAUCAUCAAUUUUGGGGAGGAGGAGGCCAACACGGACAAGCUGACGUCGUUCAUCAACGCCCUGAACGGCAAGGACGGCAGCGGCUCCCACCUGGUGACGGUGCCCCCCGGGCCCAGCCUGGCCGACGCCCUCAUCAGCUCCCCCAUCCUGGCAGGGGAGGGGGGGGCCAUGCUGGGCCUGGGCGCCAGCGACUUCGAGUUCGGGGUGGACCCCAGCGCUGACCCCGAGCUCGCCCUGGCCCUCAGGGUGUCGAUGGAGGAGCAGAGGCAGCGCCAGGAGGAGGAGGCUCGAAGGGCAGCGGCCGCCUCGGCUGCCGAGGCCGGGAUCGCGGCCACCGCUGGGGAUGAGUCGGACGAUGCCCUGCUCAAGAUGACCAUCACCCAGCAGGAGUUCGGCCGGGCGGGGCUGCCCGACCUGAGCUCCAUGACGGAGGAGGAGCAGAUCGCCUACGCCAUGCAGAUGUCCCUGCAGGGGGCUGAGUUCGCCCCGGCGGAGGCGGCCGAGGUGGAGAGCUCUGCCAUGGACACCUCGGAGCCUGCCAAGGAGGAGGACGACUAUGACGUGAUGCAGGACCCCGAGUUCCUGCAGAGCGUCCUGGAGAACCUGCCCGGGGUGGAUCCCAACAACGAGGCCAUCCGGAAUGCCAUGGGAUCCCUGGCCUCCCAGGCCUCCAAGGAAAACAAGGACAAGAAGGAGGAGGACAAGAAGUGAUCCCUGGAUCUGCUGGAUCUGCUGGAAUGGGACAAUAAUAAAGGUUUUUCCCAGGGAA